AUGGAGGGUGAUUUGGUGGCUCAGUUCUCCGAAAUCACCGGUGCGACGCCCGAGCUGGCGACACAGUACCUGCAGCUUGCCGAUUUCGACAUCGAGCAGUCGAUGCAGCUAUAUUUCGAAAAUGGAGGCGCUCCAUUGACCGAGGAACCCCCCAACCACCGCACCGCACUCGCUUCGAGGACGAUCCAUAUCGACUCAGAUUCUGAUGACGACAAUUCUUCCGCCCGUGCCCAGCCGUCCACACAAGCCGCUGGAGCAUCAACAUUUGAAGAUGACGCCGCUCUGGCCCGUCGCCUGCAGGAGGAGAUGUACGGGGGUGGUGCUGGUGACACUGGUGGUGCUGGUGUUGGUGGUGGCGGCAACGAUGACGAGGGCGUGCGGGCACCCAUGGCGCGUACGACCGAGACGCUAGUGGGGCCGGAUCUCGAUUUCGGCGACGACGACGACGACGAUAUGCACACCAAUAUUCUGAGCCAGUUGCGUGCUCGCCAACGAGGUGGUCAUGGCCGUGCUGGCAUCUUCAACCAGAGAUCUGCGCCAUCAAUAUGGGCUGGCGACUCGGAAGAGACACACCAGGAACGACUAUCGAGGGCAACUGGAGGCGCGUCGGAGGCAUCUUCCAAGUCCAAUAUGCUCGCCGAGAUGUAUCGCCCUCCGUUUGAAAUCAUGACCAGAGUGCCGUGGGAUGUGGCCCGUGAAGAGGGGCGUGACAAUGAGAAGUGGCUACUGGUCAACGUCCAAGACUCUUCGGUCUUCGAUUGUCAAGUAUUGAACCGUGAUCUCUGGAAAGACAAGACUGUCCAGGAAACAAUCCGGGAACACUUCGUAUUCCUGCAAUUCUCGAAGGAUGAUCCGAAGGCUGCGCCAUACCUCCAAUAUUACUUCCAAGCUAGCGACGUCUCCGACAAUUACCCCCAUAUUGCCAUUGUCGACCCUCGCACCGGUGAACAAAUGAAGGUCUGGUCUGGUCCGCCUGUGAUCAAACCCGCAGAAUUCCUGAUGCAGCUUCACGAGUUCCUGGAUCGUUAUAGUCUGAACCAUAAUGUGCGCAACCCUGUCGCGAAGCGCAAGUCCGAGAAGAAGGAUAAGCACGUGGAAGCCAUGACGGAGGAGGAGAUGAUGGAGAUGGCCAUCAACAAUAGCCUCGGAGGAGGGCUGGUGCCUGGACAGAAGCUUGAAGAUCCUGACGACCUGACCCGCAGUAUGGAGGAUGUCAAGGGCAAGGGCCGGGCAAACGAUGUCGAAGAUGAGCCCAUGGGUGGAACAGAGCCGCCCGAAGAACAACCCGCGGAAGCCUCUCCAUUCUCCUCCAUCCCCAGCAACCAACCGCACACUGAGCCUGAGGCAAAUCCCGCCACUACCACCCGCAUUCAGUUCCGUCACCCAUCUGGCCGUGUGAUUCGGCGCUUUGCACUGUCUGAUCCAGUUCAACGGAUCUACGAAUGGCUCAAGGCCGACCCCCCUUUGGAAGGCAAGGCUGGUGUGGAGUUUGAGCUGAAUGCCAUGGGACAAAACCUAAUAGACAGCCUUGCUACGAGCAUUCAAGAUGCAGGGCUGAAGAACGGAACGGUCAUGAUCGGCUAUCUGGAAGAUUAA